AUGGCCGAUAGUGGUCGCGCGCCCCCAGAGGGUGGAGACAACCAGUCUUCCACCAUGUCCACGAGGAGGAGCUCCGUUGCAUCAGGAGCAAACAAUCUAGCAAACUCCCAGAAUGCCAGCGUUAGUCAGGGGUCGGAGCAGCGAGGGAGACCGCAGCCUCUGCAGCGGCCUACCGGCGGAUAUGGCUCUAUGUCCUCCAGCCGCCGUUUGGACCUGUCCGAAUCCACGAACACGCCUGGUAAGCCUAAAAAGCCCGGUAUGGGACGACGUACGACAUCCAUGCACGGUCCCCACAGAGGCCAGGAGUUCUCGGUCGACGACGCGGAAGACGAGGUGGACCCGGAGUUUGGUCAGAAACAGCAGGCUAAGAUGGCGUCUGGGACGCUGCGGAGGCAGCCUUCGACCCUGAGGCGGCGGCCCACCGCGCAACCACCGACCCUUGCGAAGCUAGAUUCCUUCGAUGGCGAAGACGAAGCUCAAACCGAGGGCGCCGGCGCACCCGCUGAUACGGACGGCCCGCAGGUCUCCCCUGGCGAAGAGGGCACAUUGCAAGCGGAAUCAGAGGAUGUUGCGGAUGAUGAUGAUGCCGACUUGAGUGAUGCCGAGAGCUUCACCCUCAAGGAUCGGCAGGAAGCCAUCAAUGAGACUCAUCCGUUCGGUAUCAGGAUAUGGAAGCCUGCACUAUACAAGAAGGACAGAUCCGUUCAGAAGAAUGCAGAAGGCGAUAUCCACUCUACUCCGGGAGGCUUUGUCAGUAACUGGCUGCUGCUCUUCAACUAUGUCUGGACGUUGUUGUUCGGCUGGUGGCUGGCCUUACUUGCCGCUGUGGGAGGCACGAUCUGUAUCUUGCUUGGCUUUAACGGCUGCGAGGAGUAUGGCAGAGUGCUUCUGGGUCUAGCUAGAUACUUGUUCUACCCUUUCGGAAAGUACGUCAAGCUACUGCAAGACGAGGCAUAUGCCGAAGAAGAUGAGGGCGAGGGCAGAAGCAUUAGCGAAUACGAGCAGUGGCAAAGCGGCGAUAUCGAGGAAGGACGGCUCUUCUUUGGCCCGCAGCGAUCCAUCAUCGGUCGGCGAAGAAACAGCAUCGAUUCCUCAGCUGAAACCCAGAGUUUACUCGGCCGUGGUGGCAGGGGGAGCGCCGCCCCGCCUGAUACCGGCCCAAAGGCUAAGAGAAGACUGUUUGGGCGAGGCGACUGGACGGCAGGACGGGUGAUCUUUUUCAUCUUCUUCUACGGCCUCAUGACACCGUCGCUCUUCUUCGUAUCGCUGAUUUGCUGGCUCAUGGUGUUCACCAUACCCAUGGGCAGAGUAACUCUCAUUCUCUUCUACCACCUCCGGAGACAUCCGCUAGCGUUGUCUUUCCACAACGACAGUGCCGCCUCACGCAAACCUGGAGAUCCGUCUUCGUCCAUACUCCUCUGCACGUAUCGGGCCGUAGGCACAAUGUAUUGGAAGUACACGAUAGACGGCACGAACAUCUUCCUGAUCAAUCUUCUUUCUCUGACCGCGUUCGCGAUCUUCGAUUACUGGGUUCUUGCUGUAGCGCUUGGAAUCAAAAAUUGGCUUACGAAUCAAUUCCUAAUCUUCUCGCUGUCUCUGUUUUCGAUUAUUCCUCUUGCCUACUUCAUCGGGCAAGCUGUGGCGUCCAUCUCGGCGCAAUCUUCCAUGGGCGUAGGUGCUACCAUCAACGCAUUCUUCUCUACGAUCGUCGAGGUCUUCCUCUACUGCGUGGCUUUGAACGAAGGCAAAGCACAACUGGUUGAAGGAAGCGUUAUCGGCAGCAUAUUCGCUGGUAUUCUAUUCCUGCCCGGCUUGUCUAUGUGCUUCGGCGCUUUGAAGCGGAAAACUCAGCGGUUCAAUGUCAAGUCUGCAGGGGUCACUUCUACUAUGCUACUGUUCGCCGUUAUCGGCGCUUUCGGUCCAACGCUGUUCUAUCAGAUCUACGGCAGUCAUGAGCUGAACUGCCACCAAUGCCACAGGCAAUCAUCGCCAGGCGACGGAGAGCAGGAUUGUAGGAGAUGCUACUUUUCGCAGACACCCGCGGUGCACGACCGAUUCUAUCUCGAGGCCGUGCGUCCGUAUAUCUGGUUUGCCGCAGUGCUGCUGUUCCUGUCCUACGUGAUCGGCCUGUUCUUCACGCUUCGCACGCACGCAGCUGUCAUCUGGAACUCGGAGCUCGACGAGAAGAAGCAAGAUAAGCUAGACUUGGCCGCCAGCCACAUGGGCGGAACCUCACAUCAUGACUUUGCGACGCGUCCUGAAACCAUUUCCCGCAAUGACACCAGCGGUACGCUUCCGCGCGGAGAUAUCCGCGAAUCGCAACUGUAUAAGCGGAUACUAGGUCAAUCUCUCAAGCAGGUCGGCCUCAGCCCGCACGCCGCGGACACCAAUGCUAGCAGACAGGUCUCAGCUCAAAGUCAGGGCGGAGAAUCGCAUACCCCGCAUGUAGUCCCUCCUAAGUCUUCGCACGCGGAUAACAUGAGCCAGCGCAGCAUACAGAUCCACGGCCUCUCCGAGGAAGAAAACAAUAACCUCGUCAUCCAAGUCGCGGAGAUGGCCGCAACGGCCGCCGCUGUUGCAGCACGCGACGCCACUAAAGCUCCUCGCAAAGCGGCGCAGCUCGCUACGACGCCAGGCCGAUACCAUGCAGAUCGACCCCACGUCCAGCGCAGUGCUACAUUCGAAGAGGAUCCUGCUGAUGCGGCGCAUGCUGCUCAAGGCGGCGGCCAUGAUGCGCCGAACUGGAGCCGGACGAAGAGCGCGGUAAUCCUGUUGACGGCAACGCUCGCUUAUGCAAUCAUUGCGGAGAUUCUCGUCAACACUGUCGAUGCUGUGCUAGAGAACGUGGACAUUGACGAGAAGUUUUUGGGGAUUACACUAUUCGCGCUUGUGCCGAACACAACUGAGUUCUUGAAUGCCAUCUCGUUUGCCAUGAACGGCAACAUUGCCCUGUCGAUGGAAAUCGGCUCGGCGUACGCGCUGCAAGUCUGUUUGCUGCAGAUCCCCGCGCUUGUCCUCUUCAGCGCGAUCCAUGGGCGCUUCAUCGACCCUUCGGAUAUCAUUGACCACACCUUUACACUCAUCUUCCCCCAAUGGGACAUGGUCACUGUGAUACUCUGCGUCUUCCUCCUCUCGUACAUGUACGGCGAAGGCAAGAGCAACUACUUCAAAGGCAGCAUCCUCAUCCUUUCGUAUCUGGUUGUAGUCGUCGGCUUCUACUUCUCCGGCUUCAACAAUGUGGACGUCAUGGGUGUUGAUCGCUUCGAUACGCUCGCUGUCAAGGGCGAGUUUGAGAGUUUCAGGACGAUUGGAAGGACGAGGAGUGGGCGGGCUUAUUGA